UAUAAUUUGAUUUUAUUCUCUAUUGUAGCAUUCAACUAAGUAAAGUGUUAAUUUAAGUUAGAAUAGGCUAGAGUUUUACUUCGAUUUACAUGUUUUAAUUUGCGUUAAGGUUUUAGUAAUCGUUUUAGUCGUUAUGGUCAAAGUUGAGGUCAUAUUUGACAAUAAAAAGACAUAGAAUAUUAUGAUCACUUUUGUGAAAAUUUUGAGUGAAAAAUAGAGCUUUAAGGGUUAAAACGACACCCUGAAAUCUUAAUAAUAUUGCCAAUUUCGUCUGCUCGAAUGGUUAUUUUUUUUCUUUUUUAUAAUGAAAUCAAUUUGUUAAUUUUUUUUUUUUUGCUAUUCGUAAAAGACCCGGGAAUUCCACCAGGCUGCAAUGCAUGAAUUCAAUUCCCUUAGUGAUUCUACUAAAGCUUCAUAUAUUGCUGAGGCCAAGAUAAGGAAUUCUGUGGAAAACAAUACCUGGCCUACUGAGAAAUUAUUCAAACCAAUGAAAUCAGCAAAACCAGGGAAAUCAAGGAGAGAUAGGGAAAGGAGAAACAAGGUCUUUAACACGGCAUUAAAGACUAUGGCUACGGGCGUUUUCUUGGAGGCCAUGAGACAAGAACAUUUGAUGAUUGAUCCUAAAUUUAGACCGGGUGGCAUUGCGGCCUACUACGAGGCUGGAGGAAGGAAUUUCGUUCUCUCAGUGAUGAAGACAUAGAUCCAUAUACAGGUGAGGCCAUGAGAAGUGGCCUGGAGGAAUCGGCCAAGAGCUUGAAAUUUUAUAUUGAAUCUAUGGAUAACUUUUAUGCUAUGUGAUGGUUUUCAUUUCUUCUCUCUUUUACCAAGAGUUUGAAAUUAUUAAGAGAGAUUUUGUUAGACAAUUUGAUUUGGUUUGAUUCCUUAGAUUUUUGUAGCUCAAACUGUCAAAAAGCUGUAAAUUCGGUUAGACAAUUCCGUUGCAAUGGGUAAGUAUGUGUCACAAAAUUUAGGCGAAUUUUUUCCUUGGAUAAUGCAAAAGUGGGUUUUAAUUCCCAAAAUAUGCCCAAAAAAAUUAAAAUUCCCUGCGUACCGUCCACGUAGGACGGCACGCGAGAAUUUUUUUUUUUAGUAAAACCGCUACUCGGAGUAGCGGUUUAUAAGUGUCGAGAUUUUUUUUUUUUUCAACUUAGGUAAAACCGCUACUCGGAGUAGCGGUUUAUAAAAAAAAAAAAAAAAAAAAAAAAAAAAUUUUUUUUUUUUUUUUUUUUAUAAACCGCUACUCCGAGUAGCGGUUUAUUAUGAAAACUGAUAUCUGCUUACCAUAUUUUUGCCCAGGUAAACCGCUACUCAGAGUAGCGGUUUAUAUUUAUAAACCGCUACUCAGAGUAGCGGUUUAUAUUUAUAAACCGCUACUCAGAGUAGCGGUUUAUAUUUGUAAACC